ACACCAACCAUGGCCGCGACCCUAGCGCCGGGCGCGGCUCGCGCGGCGCCGUCCGCGCGUCCCACGCCCGCACGCGCGCUCAAACCGCGCGCGUCAUCCUCCGGGAACGCCCACGCGCGUCUCGGCCGCGUCGACGUCCGCGCGAGGGCCACGUCGACGACGGACGCCUCGCAAGCCUCGGUGAGCGCCGCGAAGCGCGCGCUUUACGACGCGGUGGAAGGGACGUACCGGGGCGCGGGGGCGUCGGCGAGCGAGCGCGCGGCGGUGGAGGAGGCGCAGGUGGCGCUGGAGACCCUCGACGUCGCCGGUGCCGCGGACAUCGAUCUGGAGCUGUUAUCCGGCAAGUGGAGGCUGGUGUACACGACCGCGGCGGAUGUGCUUUCGGUGCUGCGCAUACAGCGGGACCUCGGCCCGCUCUCGCCCGUCGAGGUGGGCGACAUCUUCCAGUCCUUCACCGCGGACGGGCGCAUCGAGAACGAGAUCAGGCUUUCGGUGCCCUUCCUGCUGGCGCCGGCGACGAUGGGCACAGACGGCGGUGUCGCGCUCAAGGUUGACGCCGACUACGCAAAGUGCGGCGCGAGGACGCUGUCGCUGACGUUCCAGGAGGCGAGGGUGACGGAGGUUCGCAUAUCCGACCUCGCCGAGACUCUCAUCGCCCCCGCGCUGCUGCCGAGGGGUUCGAUCAACCACCAGAUCUUGCUGGCGAUCAAGGAACUGGAGCUGAGGUUCCCGCUGCGAGGCGCGGUGACCGCGAUGGGGGGACCGGCGACGGGUGGACCGGCGCGCGGCGGCGACGACGGCGGCGGCGGAUCUAGGGCUCGUUCGGGGGGGGCGGCGGUGGGGGCGUACCUUCUGAGCUACCUGGACGAGACGACGCUGAUCGGAAGGGCGAGCGGGAGCGGUGGGACGUUCGUGUUCGAGCGCGCGUCUGGAGGACCACAGCGUAGUUAGUCAUAGACGAAAAUGAUUCACCUUUGGGGCG